AUGAGCGGGUGGACUAUAAAGUCCUUCAAUGCAUUGCUGGAAAUUUUUAGGCAUGCACUACCUCCUGAAGCCACAGUUCCCAAGUCUUUUGCUGAUGCUAAGAAGCUCAUUCGAGACUUAGGUUUUAAAUCUAAAAAAAUCCAUGCUUGUGUCAAUGAUUGUGUUCUCUUCCGCAAGGAAAAUGAAAAUUUUGACACUUGUCCAAAUCUAAAUUGUAAAGAACCUCGCUACAAGAUGGCAGGUUCAAGAGUUCCACGCAAAGUUUUGCGUUACUUUCCUUUGAAGCCUAGGCUGCAACGAUUAUAUACCCACAAAGAAAUAGCUUCAGAUAUGAGAUGGCAUAAAGAAAAGUGUGUGCAUGAUGAUAACAUCAUGCGGCAUCCAGCAGACAGUGAAGCAUGGAAACACUUUGAUAGGUUGCAUCCGGACUUCGCCGUUGAUCCUAGAAAUGUGAGGUUAGGUCUUGCAACUGAUGGUUUCAAUCCUUUUGGGACCAUGAGUAGUGCUUAUAGCAUCUGGCCUAUUUAUCUAGUGCCAUACAAUCUGCCCCCUUGGAAGUGUAUGAGAGAUCCUUUCUUUUUCCUAUCAAUGCUAAUUCCUGGGCCUAAAUCCCCGGGAAAUGAGAUUGAUGUUUACAUGGAGCCUCUAAUAGAUGAACUGAAUGAAAUGUGGCUUGGUGUUGAAACAUAUGAUGCAUAUAGUGGCAAGAAAUUUGACCUCCGGGCAGCUUUACUAUGGACUAUAAAUGAUUUUCCAGCUUAUGCAAUGCUGUCCGGAUGGAGUACGAAAAGGUAUCAAGCAUGUCCUAUUUGCAUGGUUGAGACAACUUGCGUACAUUUACCACACCGAAAAAAGUUGUGUUACACAGGUCAUCGCCGCUUCUUACCCAUUGACCAUUCUUGGCGGCGAGAAAAAAAACCUUUCGAUGGCAAUGUGGACUUUAGGAAUCCUGUUGCACCUUUAUCUGGAAAUGAAAUUUUGGAUCAGGUACAAAAUAUGGAGGUAAAUUUUGGGAAGACCAAGGCGCAAUCCAAUGCAAAGAAACGCAAGCGUUCUGAGAGUGGUUUGAACUGGACAAAGAAAAGUUGUUUCUUUGAGUUACCAUAUUGGGCAGACCUCCUUCUUAGGCAUAAUUUGGAUUUAAUGCAUGUGUCAAAAAAUGUCUCAGAGGCUGUCAUUGCCACAAUUAUGGAUAUUGAAAACAAAACCAAAGACCACUGGUUGUGUCGUCAAGAUUUGAAGGAUUUGGGUUUGAAAAAAGAGCUACAUUUGAUUCCAAAUGGCGACUCUUAUAUCAUGCCACAUGCCUGUUACAGCCUAACCAAGGAGGAGAAAAAAAAAGUAUGUGAGUUCUUGAAUUCUGUCAAAUAUCCAGAUGGGUUUGCCUCAAACAUUUGCCGAUGUAUAAAGAAUGGCCAGUUUCAAAUUUCUGGAAUGAAAAGUCAUGACUUCCACAUUUUUAUACAAAGGCUACUCCCACUUGCAAUCCGUGGAAGUUUAACAAAAGAAGUUCGGCAAGUGCUAUUCGAGUUAAGUGAAUUCUUCAAAAAAUUAUGUGCUAGAACAUUACAUAGAGAGGUUCUGGAGGAGUUAGGCCAAAAAAUUGCAGUCAUCUUAUGUAAAUUAGAGAGGUUGUUCCCUCCAGCUUUCUUCGAUAUAAUGAUGCACUUGAUGGUUCACUUGCCUGCUGAAGCUAUCCUUGGCGGUCCAGCUCAAUAUCGUUGGAUGUUCCCAUUUGAGAGGUAG